AUGGAUAUAUCACCUAUAGCAUCAUCGAAUAAAGAUCAUAGCUUUACUACACCUGCCAAAGGAACAGGAGGAGAGAUGGGAAAUGGUAAUACAAGUAGUACUACUUCAACCUUUUUGACACCUUCAACACCCAACCAUCAUCAUCAUCAUCAUAACAAUAAUAAUAAUAGCAGUAAUAUAUUGACACCAUUAUCAAAACCUUCAUUCACAUCGUCAUCAUCAUCAACGACUUCAACAUCAACAUCAUCAUCUUCACAACAACCAUCUACACCAACUACUACUAGUACAACAUCUACUACAACUGCUGCUACUUCAAAUAUUACAAUACCAACACAAUUAAAAUCAUCAUCAUCAACUGGUAGUACAAGUAGAUUUGUAUUUAGUAACAAACAAGAUGUCACCAGUCAAAUGAAAACCUAUCGAUUCGAGGUUGACAUGAAAGAGAGUAAUAUCAUUGACUUUGAUGUAUUGGUUAAAAAGGAAGCAAAGAGAUUGAAUCAAGAAAAGAACAAAUACAAGAUAUCAGACUCUUUCUACGAACCAGGUGCCAACAACAAGAACAAUACAUCGGCACUCAGCGAUUCCUCAGAGUUUGAUGACUUUUUACCUGCACUUCCCAAGAAUCGGUUGACCGAAGUUAUUGAUAGAAUUGAAAGAAUUCAUGCAGAUGAUUCAGAUGAUGAUUCCGAUCGUUAUGAUAGUGAUGAUUCAUUUAUUGAUAAUACUGAUGCUGUUGUUUCAAAAGCAAAUGUUUCAACCAAUUAUGGAGGAUUUUUUGUACACGUUGGUGAAUUGGAGACAAGGGAUGAAGAUGAUUCAGACUAUGAAAACAAUACACCAAUUAAAAAGAAAAAGAGAAAGGUCAAAGAUACCAUUGAUAAUACACCAACCAACCGAAUCAAAAAAUCAAAACCUACAGGCACUUCAACUACUUCGACCUCUACAACUGGUGGUAGUGGUACAAUCGAUGAUAAAUUGGAAGAAUUACUUUUAAAAUUAGAACGUGAAAUUAAAAGUAUGGUAUCAUCAAAUAGUGAACAAUUUUUACCAAGAAAUGCAGGUCCAUUGUUGGCAAGUAUUUAUGAUGCUAUCACUCGAACAAAUAGUCAAGGUUAUUUAACUGGUCCUGCCAUCCAAAGAAUUGUCGAUUUUUGGCCUUUAAAAGAGAAAACUAUUAAAAUGCAUCUUAAAAAAGCAUGGGAAGAUAAUAGUGAAAGAACAAGGAACAAAUCAGAUAAAUUGGUUGAGCAAUUAAAUGGAGUUUUGGAAAAUCUUACUAGAGUCAUAAAAGAAGAAAUGGAAAAGAAUCCACCAAAAGAUGGAGAAGAAUAUUAUUGGACAAAAGAAGCAAAGGAACUUUUAGUAGAAGGAGUUGAUUUAAACAAAGAGAUUAUUGAAUUGAAAAAUACUACUAUAAUGUGCGAUGCUGAAAAGGAAGGAAAACCACCUGUUUUAUUGAUUGAAAAAACAUCUAGAGCUCAUCUAUACAGACAGAUUGUUGGAUUGGUUGGUAACGAUGCCUUUUUCAAUGCAAAGGCAAUCUCAAAGACCUAUAUGAACUUUACAUCUGCCAAGAAAAAAAAGGAAAAGAGAAUGAUCAAUUCUCAAAACAACACAUCUACCUCGACUACUACUACUACCACAAAUAAUGGUUCUUCUUCUGUCAAUAAUUCACUCAAUAGUUCAUUAAAUGAUUCAAAUGUUCUCAAUUUAUCAUCUUCUGCAGUUCCAAUGGCAACUACUUCUUCCAUCAACUCUCCUAAAGCAUCUAGUACUAGUAGCAGUACUAAACACUCUCAUAUGGAGAGUGAAGUUGACAGAGAUAGAAAAAGAAUUGAAAAAAGAGAAAAGGAUGAUAGUAGACCAAGAGACAAGGAAAGAGAAAGAGAAAAAGAAAAGGAACGAUCAUCAAGAGACAAAGAAAGAGAAAGAGAAAGAGAAAAGGAAAGAUCAAGAGAAAAAGAUAGAGGUGAUAGACCAAGAGAAAAGGAUAGGGAAAGAGAAAGAAGUCACAAGGAUAGCAGUGAUAGAAGAGAUAGAGAUAAAGAAAAGGGUCAUAAGGAUAGUAGUGGUAGUAGUGAUAAAAGGGAUAAGGAUAGAGACAGAGAAAGAGAUAGAAAGAGAGAAAAAGAGAAAAAUAGAGAUAGAGAAAGAGAAAGAGAAAAGAGUGGUUCUACUACUAGUAGUUCAACCAAGGAUCGUGAUAGAGAAAGAAAAGAAAAGGAAAAGAAAAAGGAUAAAUAUUUGGAUAAAUUAAUAGGAAAUGAUUUAUCAUCUUCUAUUAGUUUAUCAGACGAUGAUGAAUUUGGAUCAGUUCUUUUAGAUAGAGUUAAAAAGGAUAAAAGACCAAAACCAAGUUCUUCUUCAUCUUCCUCCACAUCCUCGUCUAACAACAACAACAACAAUUUGUACAGCGGUUCAUCAAAACAUGACAAUAAUAAUAAUAAUAAUAAUAAUAAUGGCGAUAUAAAUAAGCAUUUGGUGGAUACACUAUAG